GCCGCAUUUACAACAAAGUUAGAAAAUCAGAGGUCAAUUAUUCUGUUCUUCAAUUCUGGUUCUUAAUGCCUGUGUGUCGUGUCGCACUGAGAAGAAAAGGUCGAGUUUUCAGCAUGCCCGCAAGAGACCGAUCUAACGCCGCCAACGACGGCGGCGGCAGAGAGGCCUGUUAUAGAGGCGUCCGCAAGAGGCCGUGGGGCCGUUACGCCGCCGAGAUCAGAGAUCCCUUUAAGAAGACGCGCGUCUGGCUCGGCACCUUCGACACUGCUGAGGAGGCCGCCCGUGCCUACGACGCCGCCGCCCGCGAAUUCCGCGGCACCAGAGCUAAGACCAAUUUCCCGGUUUCCACUCCCGUCGCUCUUAGCCCAAGUCUGAGCAGUACCGUCGAGUCCGGAGGUUCCGGGCCCUCAAUCCCCCCCGCCGCCGCCGCCGCCCCACCGCCGCCUACUCCUCCGUUGUCCCUAUUCCAUUUGCCUUGCGUCUUCCCCGUGCCGCGCCCGCUUUACUACUACGAUCCGCGUGGGCAAGCCCAGGCGUUGAACCACCGUCUCCACAUGCUCAGAUUGUACCCGCCUGCGUCUUCUAGUGUUCAGAGCGACUCCGAUUCUUCCUCCGUCGUUGAUUUCGACUGUUCUGAGCCGACUUCGCUGGGGAAAGCCGUCGAUCUCGACCUCAAUCUCCCUCCUCCCGCGGAAUUGUCCGAUUGACACACAUGCUCAGGCCCACCAUUUCUUUUCUUGAAAAACAAAAUCUUUAUUCCAUAAGAGAAGAAUACAGAAACUGUAAGGAUUAACGAAACAUACAAAAGUAUAAACCAUAAGAAGAGUUUUUGAGGUUGUGCACCAAGUAGUUGUGGUCAGAGAGAGAUGGGAAGGAUAUUUGUGGUGAAUCUGGAAGGGAGGACUUACAGGUGCAAAUUAUGCCUGACUCAGUUAGCCUGUGCUGAUGAUCUUGUUUCCAGGGUUGUUGGUGAUUCGUCGUCACUUUUACUCUCUGCAAAAUUACGCAUGGAACUGUGGAAGUAGUGCCAUUUAAAGCUAUGUGUUCUAAGCCUUUAUUGUUCAGAUUGUAAUUUUCACCCAAUUAGUUUGUUUGGAUAACCAUCACUACUGUAUUCAUAGCCUGAUUUUUGGUUUCUUGAUUCGUUAGGCAUUUCAUUGCCGGAUUGUGCGAGUACUCUAUCUACCCCAAUGCAGAAUAUUUGCUGGUUAUUUGAGUCUGAGGACAAUCCUACAUCCAAUUUUCAAAUGAUUACAGACAGCUGGCUAUCCUGUUCAGUACACAAUCACUACUUUUUCUAUGAGAGGGAAGCACAUUUGCUUGUUCAUCAAAAGGUUAUGUAAUCACUUUAUGCUAAUAGGGCAAAGAUUUUGCUUUUUAUAGCUAUAUAUUGAGAGUGUUUAGUUCUCACAUGGGAAACAAACAUUUGGUAAUAGUGAUGAGUUUUGAUGAAAAUGUUUUAUAUGUUUGGUAGUAGGGUGGAAUUGAAAUGAUUACCAAUAUAAAUAUUAUUGAUGUUUA